CGUGACGUACUAAUCGUGCGCGGCCGCUGCCGGUGGGCCCGGGGCUCGAGGGAGGGGAAGGAAGAGGAGGAGGAGGAGGAGGGGGAGGAGUGGCGGCGGCGGCGGCGGUGGAAGUAGAAGCUGAAGCUGAAGCAGAGCCGGAGGCGGCGCGGUGGGGUGCUCCGCGGUGCGGCACGCGGCCCAGAAGCGUUGGAAUCUUGAAUUGAGACGGCUGCGCCUAAAGACAGCGGGAGUGGCGGGGCCGCCGCCGUCGCCGGAGAGAUGAGCCGGGAAGCCUGAGGCCGGAGACGCCCGCCCUCGGGCCCGUCCGCCCGGCUUCCCCGCUCCCGGUGAGGAUGCCCCCUCCCCUCCCCCCAGCCAUGCCGUGGCCUCUCCCAUUCCUGAGCCUCGCUCCCACCGAACCGGGCCCAGAGGCCCGCAGAGGGGCUUCUUAAGGGUACUGGAAGAUGAAAGAGACUAUACAAGGGACCGGGUCCUGGGGGCCUGAGCCUCCUGGACCCGGCAUACCUGCAGCUUAUUCAAGUCCCAGGCGGGAACGUCUUCGUUGGCCCCCACCUCCCAAACCCCGACUCAAGUCAGGUGGAGGGUUUGGGCCAGAUCCUGGGUCAGGCACCACAGUGCCAGCCAGACGCCUCCCUGUCCCCCGACCCUCUUUUGAUGCUUCAGCAAGUGAAGAGGAGGAGGAGGAGGAGGAAGAGGAGGAUGAAGAUGAAGAGGAGGAAGUGGCAGCUUGGAGGCUGCCGCCCAGAUGGGGUCAGCUGGGAACCUCCCAGCGGCCCCGCCCUCCCCGCCCCACUCAUCGAAAAACCUGCUCACAGCGCCGCCGUCGAGCUAUGAGAGCCUUCCGGAUGCUGCUCUACUCAAAAAGCACCUCGCUGACAUUCCACUGGAAGCUUUGGGGGCGACACCGGGGCCGGCGGCGGGGCCUCGCACACCCCAAGAACCAUCUUUCACCCCAGGAAGGGGGUGCGACGCCACAGGUGCCAUCUCCCUGUUGUCGUUUUGACUCUCCUCGGGGGCCACCUCCACCCCGGCUGGGUCUGCUAGGUGCUCUCAUGGCUGAGGAUGGGGUGAGAGGGUCUCCACCAGUGCCCUCUGGGCCCCCCAUGGAGGAAGAUGGACUCAGGUGGACUCCAAAGUCUCCUCUGGACCCUGACUCGGGCCUCCUUUCAUGUACUCUGCCCAACGGUUUUGGGGGACCAUCUGGGCCAGAAGGGGAACGCAACUUGGCACCCCCUGAUGCCAGCAUCCUCAUCAGCAAUGUAUGCAGCAUCGGGGACCAUGUGGCCCAGGAGCUUUUUCAGGGCUCAGAUUUGGGCAUGGCAGAAGAGGCAGAGAGGCCUGGGGAGAAAGCCGGCCAGCACAGCCCACUGCGAGAGGAGCAUGUGACCUGCGUACAGAGCAUCUUGGAUGAAUUCCUUCAAACUUAUGGCAGCCUCAUACCCCUCAGCACUGAUGAGGUGGUAGAGAAAUUGGAGGACAUUUUCCAGCAGGAGUUUUCCACGCCUUCCAGGAAGGGCCUGGUGUUGCAGCUGAUCCAAUCAUACCAGCGGAUGCCAGGCAAUGCCAUGGUGAGGGGCUUCCGAGUGGCCUAUAAGCGGCAUGUGCUGACCAUGGAUGACUUGGGGACCUUGUAUGGACAGAACUGGCUCAAUGACCAGGUGAUGAACAUGUAUGGAGACCUGGUCAUGGACACAGUCCCUGAAAAGGUGCAUUUCUUCAAUAGUUUCUUCUAUGAUAAGCUCCGUACCAAGGGUUAUGAUGGGGUGAAAAGGUGGACCAAAAACGUGGACAUCUUCAAUAAGGAGCUCCUGCUAAUCCCCAUCCACCUGGAGGUGCAUUGGUCCCUCAUUUCUGUUGAUGUGAGGCGACGCACCAUUACAUAUUUUGACUCGCAGCGUACCCUAAACCGCCGCUGCCCUAAGCAUAUUGCCAAGUAUCUACAGGCAGAGGCGGUAAAGAAAGACCGACUGGAUUUCCAUCAGGGCUGGAAAGGUUACUUCAAAAUGAAUGUGGCCAGGCAGAAUAAUGACAGUGACUGUGGCGCUUUUGUGCUGCAGUACUGCAAGCACCUGGCCCUGUCCCAGCCAUUCAGCUUCACCCAGCAGGACAUGCCCAAACUUCGUCGGCAGAUCUACAAGGAGCUGUGUCACUGCAAACUCACUGUGUGAGCCUCGUACCCCAGGCCCCAAGCCCGUUAAUGGGCAGGGGGACGUGGGAGUCCCUUCCCAAGAAACUCCAGUCCCUUUCCUCUCUUGCCUCGUCCCCCUCAGUUCCCUUUGGUUUUUCAUAUUUAAAUGUUUCGAUUUCUGUAUUUUUUUUCUUUGAGAGAAUACUUGUUGAUUUCUGAUGGGCAGGGGGAACUACAGAAAAGCCCCUUUCUUCCUCUGUUUGUAGGGGAGUGUGGCCCUGUGGCCUGGGUGGGGCAGUCAUCCUCCCCCCCUUCCCCGUGCAAGGAGCAGGAAAUCAGUGCGGGGGGUGGUGGGCGGGCAAAGGGAUCACUGCCUGCCAGAUCUUCGAACUUUUUUUUAUAUAUAUAUAUAUAAAUGCCACGGUCCUGCUCUGGUCAAUAAAGGAUCCUUUGUUGAUACUUAA